AUGACCCGUGAAAGUGGUGAAACGUUCCUGUUACAAAUAAAAAAAGCCAAAAUUGACUUUGGUCAAGAAAAGAUUGAGAAACGUUGUUAUUGCAACAAGUCGUUGCUGAAGAUUUUCAUGUUUGCUUACUGUGCUGCCGGUAUGAUAUAUGGUAUGAUAUACCAAUGUAAUGUGCCGUGUUACUGUAUGAUGUAUGACACACUGCGACAACAUCAUGUUUAUAAACGAACACGUACUUAUCCUGCUUUCAUUCUUUCCUUUGGACUUACUUAUUUCUGGCGUGUUUUCUUUAAGGCUUAUAAUAUUCGAACUAUAACGCUGCAAAAUGCUGCUGCUGUCCUGAAAUUGAAAUCAGUGUAUGCGAUAUGUAUGUAA